UCGCUUGCUUCAGCUUCCGCCGGAAGCGGUUCUUGUCAGUCGUUGUCAGGUAUUUGAGCUUGUUUGUGGUGGGUUCGCGGCGCCUGACUAGGUGAGGCUUGGUUCCAGGACCCCGAGAGGGAAGCUCGAGCGUAAAUCCGGGCAGCGGGAUGGACAUUCUGAAAUCGGAGAUCCUCCGGAAGCGGCAGCUGGUGGAGGACAGGAACCUGUUGGUGGAAAAUAAAAAGUAUUUCAAGCGUAGUGAACUUGCAAAAAAAGAAGAGGAAGCAUAUUUUGAAAGAUGUGGCUACAAGCCUAUAAAUGAGAAGCCAUCUGGAGAGUAUGUAUUUUUUCACCUUUCUCAGGGAUUGAGGAAUGAUCUGAAAGCAGCUUUGGAUAAGAUCGACCAGCAGUACCUCAAUGAGCUUGUGGGUGGUCAGGAACCUGGAGAGGAAGACACACAGAAUGAUUUGAAAGUUCAUGAAGAAAACACCACAAUUGAAGAGUUAGAGGCAUUGGGAGAAUCUUUAGGAAAAGGCGAUGAUCAUAAGGACAUGGAUAUCAUUACCAAGUUCCUUAAGUUUCUUCUUGGUGUUUGGGCUAAAGAACUGAAUGCCAGAGAAGAUUAUGUGAAGCGCAGUGUGCAGGGCAAACUGAACAGUGCUACUCAAAAACAGACUGAGUCCUAUCUCAGACCCCUUUUCAGAAAGCUACGGAAAAGGAAUCUUCCUGCUGAUAUUAAAGAAUCCAUAACAGAUAUUAUUAAAUUCAUGUUGCAGAGAGAAUAUGUAAAGGCUAAUGAUGCUUAUCUUCAGAUGGCCAUUGGAAAUGCCCCUUGGCCCAUAGGUGUCACCAUGGUUGGUAUCCAUGCCAGAACUGGCAGAGAAAAGAUUUUUUCUAAGCAUGUUGCACAUGUUUUAAAUGAUGAAACACAGCGGAAAUAUAUUCAGGGAUUGAAGAGGUUAAUGACCAUUUGCCAGAAGCACUUUCCUACAGAUCCAUCAAAAUGUGUGGAGUACAACGCACUGUGAAAUCUGGGUAUGGUGUCUUAAGUAACGAGAAACUUAAGUGGACGUGCUGUACGGACUUCUGGAAUUCCCAACAGGAACGAGGGAAGAAUAAUGCGGUUUCCUGUGUUUGAGUUCUACCUAAUGCUGCUCUCUCGGUUUUAAGAAACGGUGUUGGCUCUCCUGUCACAUCUGGCUACAAACUGAUUUUUGUGUCAUUUACUUUAAAUAGUCAAAAAAUUAAGUUCUAAAGACUUUUCCUCGAAUUUAAAUGUGUAGACAACUGUCCCAGAAGAGGGUCUAAAAUGACGUCUUCCCUCUAGACCUACAAGCUGGCACUUAGAGGAUUGAAAAGGAACAUUUGAGGAUGGACUUAAUUUCUUUCUGUAAAAUACGGUAAUUUUCACAUUGUCUUUUAUGUAGCAUUUAUAAAAAAUAUUUUUAUAUAUUUCAACAAAAAUAUGGAACCAUUUAAUGAAACUUUAUAGUCCUUAAAUGUUGCUGAACUUUUGCCAUCUUGCAGUAGAAUUGGAAUGUAAAUGUUAUUACUGUUAACUCAAGUGUUGUUUUUCUUGCAUUUCAAGGCUUGCUUUUACCUUCUAAGGAGUGUAAAUUUUAGUAUUUGUCAUCUCUUUGGGACAGAAGAAUUAACAGGAAAUCGCAGUUCAAAAUAGAUGGUAUAUUAUACCAACAGAAGUUUAAAUUAAGAAGCCCAGUGCCUCAAGGUUCAAGGUGGGGCAGUGGAUUGUCAAGCCAGCCAAGGAUGGGGACAUUGUGACACCACUGGUUCUUCCCAGACUAGGACUGCCUGUGAGUCUCCUUGUUGCAGGGCCCGCGGUGGACCGCCGCUCCCGGCCCUGUGCCACCGCGCAUAGAACAAGGCGCCGGGACUCUGGUCACUGCCUGACACAGUAGGCCAUGCGUCUGAGUUGGCCCACAUGAGGACUUCCGAAUCUCACACAGUGUCCUGUGCAGAUAAUGGUAUAAUGGUGACGAAUCGCUGCGCUCUGCAAGUUGAGAGGCCUCGGUUAAUAGAGGAAGGUGGGUGAAUGGAACUGACCUGCCCAGGGGGAGUGACAGUGUCGGGUAGCAGUAGGGGGGUGCUCCCGAGUCAGCACUGCCGAGCUGGAGGUCCCAGCUCUCCCCCUACAAGUGCGAGACCCUGGGUGUCACUCAGCCUGUCUCUGCCUCCUUUUUGCCCCGUCUGCAAACGGUCGCGAGGCCCUGGGGUGUACACCUCAGCAUGCCGCUGUGGUGGUCAAGUCAAAUAAAAUGCUUAGUGCGCUGCCUGGCAAAUGAGA